CGUACAAGUGAUGGAGGAAGCGGCAGGAUAAUACACGAAACUGGAUUAAAAGUUGGAAGAGAAAAUAUCUUUAUGAGCUUUCUGGAUGAUUACUUUUCUUUUUUAAUCCUAAACCUUCCUCUUCCAUGUGAGUCCUCUGACAGCAUGAGGGUGAAGAUCAUAUUUGCUGUCUCGGUCCUGGCGACAGUCGGUUUGGUGACCGCCGACUGCCCCGUGGUGUGUGAGUGCCCGGCGGUGCCCCCGGCCUGCCCCCCAGGCGUGAGCUCCAUCCCGGACGGCUGCGGCUGCUGCAAGGUGUGCGCCGCCCAGCUGAACCAGGACUGCCACGAAGGGCGUCCCUGUGACCACCAUAAAGGGCUGGAGUGCAACUACGGCAACGACGUGGGCCGCACCCACGGCAUCUGCAGGGCAAAAGCAGAGGGUCGUUCCUGCGAAUACAACGGACGAAUUUACCAAAACGGGGAGAAUUUCCCAGCUGGUUGCAAGUACCAGUGCACGUGCAUAGAUGGGGCGGUAGGGUGCGUGCCCCUCUGCCCCAGCAGCAUACCCAUGCCCUCCCCUUCCUGCCCUGCUCCACACUUGGUGAAGGUUCCCGGCCAGUGCUGCUUCAGCAUCGGCUGCCACAAGGGAGCCACCAUUGUGUCGCCAAGCCACCAAAAACCCUCCCUUCCACCUUUGCCUCCGUACCCGUUUGUCCCUUACCCAGCAUACCCCUACUCCAAGCCUUACCCGAAACCCUACCAGAAGCUGUACCCUCACAAACCCAGAAAGGAGAAGGCCACCUUGGGGAACGAGCUUCUGGAGGUGGAGCAAAGGUGGGAGAAGCCACGUGGAAUCAAGCAACCGAAGGCCUGGAGUCAGAUGGGAGACCACUGUGUGGUCCAGACUACGUCCUGGUCCCAGUGCUCCCGCAGCUGUGGGAUGGGCGUUUCCUCUAGGGUUACCAAUGACAACGCUCGGUGCAAGCUGAUCAAGGAAACGCGCCUGUGCAACAUCCGGCCCUGCAGCUCCAUGUCCAUUCCAGUCAAGAAAGGACGGAAGUGUUCCCGUACCCACAAGGCCCCGGAGCCGCACCGCCUGUCCUACGCUGGCUGCAGGAGCCCCCGCCUGUACCGGCCCAACUACUGCGGCGUGUGCCGGGACGGCCGCUGCUGCUCCCCCCGCCGCACCCGCACGGCCACCGUGACCUUCGCCUGCCCCGACGGCCGGCGCUUCAACAGAUCCAUGAUGUUCAUCCAGUCCUGCAAGUGCAGCGACGAGUGCAACCAGCUGAACGAGGCCGCGCUGCCCCCACAACAGUGGCUCUACGGGGACACCCACAAGUUCAAGGACUAGUGGUGCUCGCCCCCACCCGCCCCUCCUCCUACAUUCCUCUGUAAAGGCAGACAUUUAACCCCCCCACACACAUCUCCACCUGUCAUAGAGUAGCUGUCUGUAGUGUAUCUGUCUGAAACAAGCCAUGUUGUUGUUAGAACAUCUCUUGUGGAUUAUUUGAGGAGCGGUCCUUCAAAAUGCGAACAUUUGAGAAAGAAAUAUGGCCACGAGGCUCCAAAUGUGUCCUGAACUCUUAAAGACUUUUCCUGACAAAGACAGAGUUUAAAAGUGGCUGAAGGAACACAUGAGGAGUCGUUGGGAGGACAGAAGAAGGGAGGAACGCCUCACAACUUCUGAGGGGAGCGGGGUUUUGUCUUUCCGAGGUAUUUCUUCACGGUAUUUAUUGACGUGGUGACGCAGCGGCCUGUCAUCAGGGGAGGUGACGCCGCUAUGUUUGGAGCAUCGGUGUGACGGGGACAAAACAGCUGAGAGCUGUCAGUCACUUGGAGAGGAGGUGGGGGUGACCUGACCCCCAGAAAACCAUUUCCAGUGAUGGAUGAGUAGAAGCGGAAAGACAGAUGGACCUGUUUACACAGAUGGACCCGUCUGCUGCCUGGUUUUCUCAGCAAACUGAGACAUUCAGCAGGCUCCAGAGUAACACGCCAGCGUCGACAAGUCGACCACCUAAUUCUGCACAAAUUACACUCCACGAAGGGGCAAGCAGGAGAGAGAAAAAUCAGCCCCUUUGUUGGGUUUGCUGUAAAAGUAAAAUCUAAAAAGAAAAAAGGUAAACAUGUAAUUUGUAACCUGCGGGUGGAACCGCUCGGGUGCCUGUAAUUAAGCAGCAUGACAUGUCACUGACGCAAAACUCAAACUCAGGCCUGGCUUCCCUGUAAAGCCAAAGAGCUUUAUCCUAAACGCAACCAGAAGCCCAAAUACUAUAAAAAGUAGAUUCUGCGGCUGAGGUCUAGUGUUAUGAGAGGACGCCGAGCAUCUUUCUGAAUGGGUGCUUGGAUUACUUUGUGCACCUUAAGACGGAUAUGAGUAACGACCUGAUUGUGUGAGUUUGAGUAAACUACCUUGCAUUGGUGGUUCUAAUAUACAAAGUCCAUUUAUUUUGACUGAUUUAUCCUUUGUUUUCGCAGCUUUGUGAAAAAAAAAGAAGAUCUUGUAGAUUUUAAAUGAAGCAUGUUUGUCUAUGUAGAGGAAUUGGUUUAGUUACUGUAUUUUUGUUUUGUUAAACAGGGACAUGAUAGAGCAGCUAUGUACAGAUGCAGUUUCAGUUUGUUGUAGUUCUACCUGCUGUUUAAAGGCCGUUUCUUAAGCUGUAGUGUUAGAUUAGCGAGGAACAAAUCAGGGUUCAGAUCUAAGCGUUAAUUGUUGAGAACAUGAUGAUUGUAAGACUGGUGGUUUAUGUCAAUCCCACCUGUGUUGACAGCAUGUUAGUCAAGACGAGAAGUUGUCCUGUAAAAACUUGUGAGGUUGAUUAAAUUGUCAUUUUCUCCUGUCGUUUCUCUAAGACGCUGGUUAACCUGAAACUGGUUUUAUAUUUCUGAAUAAAGAUUUUUUUUUAAAUUUA